AUGUUCUCUAAGAAGAAGAAAAAACCUCAAAUUUCCUUUCCGAGUAACUUUGAGCAUCGUGUGCAUACGGGCUUCGAUAAGCGAGAGGGUCGAUACGUCGGGCUACCAUUGCAAUGGGCGUCGAUCGUGGGCAAUAAUCAGAUACUGAAAUCAUCGAACCGCCCGCUGCCGUUGGUGGAUCCAUCGGAAAUCACUCCCACAGAGAUUUUGGAUUUAAAGACCAUCGUGAGACCACAUGGACAAGGGAUUAGCGGCCCGGUAGGCGCUCAACCAGAACCGGGCAAGCUGGUCCUGCCAAAAACAUCCAAUGUAGCACGUUCGAACUCUCUUCGAAGCUCGAGUCCACCUCGCGUUCGUCGAGGGGACCUGCGUGCUAAUACUAAUGUGCCACCAUCAGUGCCAGAGGAGCCCAUGCAGCAACCGCAACAACAGCUCGGUGGAGGACAAUCACCUUUCCCAGGAAUGAAUAGCAACAGCUUCCCUGCGCCUAAGGGAGGCAACUUAUCGUCAACCGGUGGAAGCUACCCAUUGAUGCCACCGGCUGGGAACGUACUGGAAACGAAUUUUAAUAAUAAUUUCGAUUCACACCAUCCACAACUGCACCAGCAGCAACAGUUAUCGUCCCAGCAGCAUGGUAUCGCGCAGCAAGUUUCAGGAACUCACAUGCACAUGCAUAUGCAGCAGCAGCAGCAACAGCAACAGCAAAAGCAGCAACAACAGCUACAACAGCAUCAACACCACAUGCAUCCUCACCAUCCUCAAGCGGGUCCUGUUGGAGGAAAUGCACAGCCAGCUUCAAGCCUCGCGAUUACUUCGCAUAUGAAUGGGGGCAAUUUGCUAGCGAGCAACUCUAACAUGUCUAUGGUUGCAUCGACCAACGGCACAGGUUCGAACGGAAAUCUCUCCAAUCCGGUCAGUGUGCUAACGGAAACAUCCUCAUUGUACCACAACAGGUCACAGAAAUCCUCGCCAACCGAAUCCGAAGGAGUACACCGCCAAUAUCCUAAUGCGCCGUCAUACACCGGUCAGCCAGUACCGGGUGGCAAUAACAAUUUCCACGGUACCGCUGGUGCUGUCGGCACCCAUCCAUCGGUUCCCCCGCCUUUGCACAGUAAACCGCAGGGACAAAAUAAUCCUUUGGCAUCCGGUGGAAUGGAUGGUCCGACGGCGAAUAAUCACGGUGUGCUGAAUCACGGCCAGCAGAGUGAUAGCAGCAAUGGCAAUCAUCUACCACCAGGACCGGGUCACCAUCACCAUCAUCAUCAUCAUCAUCCACACGCAAUGAUGGGUUCGGGGGCAUCUGCCACUCCACAACCGGCGGGGUCACAAAUGUCUCCAACUGGCGGAUUCCACAACUCCAAUGCUCAUCAUCAUCACCAUCAUUUAACACAGCAGCAGCAGCAGCAGCAACAACAAAUGCCAACACCGUUACAUAUCGGAACUAAUCAGAUUCCAAAUCACCACCAUCAUCAUAAUCAUAAUGCAAAUAUUCACAACCAGAAAAUGCCGUCUCCAUCGUCGGUGUCUUCUGCUGGAGCUGCCAUAGGAGGAGGAGCUGCCUCAACGGAUCAGAACGCGGCGUUCAAUAACAACACAAUCAGUAACGCCAAGAGUAAUUCACGUGCAUCUAGCUCUAGCGGUGGAAAUGUAUCCGUGGCUCAAAGCACCGCUUCCACCACGCAAAGUGGUCAGCAACAACCUCCAAUAAAAACUGAGCAGCGGCUCACCCAUGAACAGUUCCGAGCUGCCCUUCAAAUGGUGGUUUCGGCAGGUGAUCCGCGCGAGAAUCUUGAAAAUUACACUAAAAUUGGAGAAGGCUCCACCGGUACCGUGUGCAUUGCGACGGAUAAAUCAACGGGGCGCCAAGUAGCAGUUAAACAGAUGGACCUAAGAAAGCAACAGCGGCGUGAGUUGCUGUUCAACGAGGUCGUUAUUAUGCGUGAUUAUCACCAUCCUAACAUCGUGGAAACGUACAGCAGCUUUCUCGUUAAUGAUGAGCUGUGGGUUGUAAUGGAGUUUUUGGAAGGUGGAGCACUCACCGAUAUUGUGACGCACUCCCGCAUGGACGAAGAGCAGAUUGCAACGGUCUGCAAGCAGUGCCUUAAAGCGCUGUCUUAUCUCCACUCACAGGGUGUCAUCCAUCGAGACAUAAAAUCAGAUUCAAUCCUGCUGGCCUCCGACGGGCGCGUGAAGCUGUCCGAUUUUGGUUUCUGCGCGCAAGUGUCGCAAGAGUUGCCGAAACGCAAAUCACUAGUCGGUACACCGUACUGGAUGUCGCCGGAGGUGAUUUCCCGAUUGCCGUACGGUCCCGAAGUGGACAUCUGGUCGCUGGGCAUUAUGGUCAUCGAGAUGAUCGAUGGUGAGCCGCCCUUCUUUAACGAGCCGCCACUGCAAGCUAUGAGACGCAUUCGCGACAUGCCACCACCGAAGUUGAAAAAUUCCCACAAAGUGUCAAGUAGACUGCAAAACUUCCUCGAUCGCAUGCUGGUGCGUGAUCCAGUUCAGCGUGCCACAGCAGCCGAAUUACUCGCGCAUCCCUUCUUGCGGCAAGCCGGGCCACCCUCACUGCUGGUGCCAUUGAUGCGUGGGGCACGUCACAGCAAUUGCUGA